ACCAGCCGGGAGCGGUAAGAGUCGCGCGCAGCAGCCCUGCCCCGACUUAAUCAAACUAGCAACAGGAUCUGCCUCCCGCGGCAGCGCGGCGGUGGCAUUAUGCGUGAUUACUGACAGGCACCAGCUGCUGCCGCCACCGCCGGCUCGACGCACGAUGUGGACGCUCAGAUCGAGAGGCAGAUUCCUGACUAAUCCCAGAGGGCUGGCCCAGCCCGAGCUGCCCGGGCUGCUAGGAAGCGAUGACCACUCUUGUUAGCCCAAGUUGAAGGGAGCCCGGCUGCGCUGGGGAGCAGGCAGAGGCCGAGCCACUGAGCAGACGCGCCCGGGAGGACUAUGAACUGAAGAGUCAACAUGUAUGGAAAUUAUUCUCACUUCAUGAAGUUUCCCACAGGCUUCGGAGGUUCUCCCGGCCAUACUGGCUCCACGUCCAUGAGUCCAUCGGCGGCCUUGUCCACAGGGAAGCCCGGGGACAGCCGCCCCAGCUACACCGACACCCCAGUGAGUGCCCCGCGAACUCUGGGUGCAGUGGGGGCCCCCCUCAACGCCCUAGGCUCUCCGUAUCGCGUCAUCACUUCUGCCAUGGGCCCACCCUCGGGGGCACUGGCAGCCCCCCCAGGGAUCAAUCUGGUGGCCCCGCCUAGCUCUCAGCUAAAUGUGGUCAACAGUGUCAGCAUUUCAGAGGACAUCAAGCCCUUACCAGGGCUUCCUGGCAUUGGAAACAUGAACUACCCAUCCACCAGCCCAGGAUCUCUGGUUAAACACAUCUGUGCCAUCUGUGGGGACAGAUCCUCAGGAAAGCACUACGGUGUGUACAGUUGUGAGGGCUGCAAAGGCUUCUUCAAGAGAACCAUAAGGAAAGACCUCAUCUACACGUGCCGGGAUAACAAGGACUGCCUCAUCGACAAGCGUCAGCGCAACCGUUGCCAAUACUGCCGCUACCAGAAGUGCCUGGUCAUGGGCAUGAAGAGGGAAGCUGUGCAGGAAGAGAGGCAGAGAAGCCGGGAGCGGGCUGAGAGCGAGGCAGAGUGUGCCAGCAGUGGCCACGAAGACAUGCCCGUGGAGAGGAUUCUGGAGGCUGAGCUUGCUGUUGAACCAAAGACAGAAUCCUAUGGUGACAUGAACACGGAAAGUUCGACGAACGACCCCGUCACCAAUAUAUGCCAUGCUGCCGAUAAGCAGCUUUUUACUCUUGUUGAAUGGGCCAAGCGUAUACCCCACUUCUCUGACCUCACCUUGGAGGACCAAGUCAUUCUGCUCCGGGCAGGGUGGAACGAGCUGCUGAUCGCCUCCUUCUCCCACCGCUCCGUCUCCGUGCAGGACGGCAUCCUCCUGGCCACGGGACUGCAUGUCCACCGAAGCAGCGCCCACAGUGCUGGGGUUGGCUCCAUCUUCGACAGCUCAGUCAGUAAAGAAUCUGCCUACAACGCUGGAGACCUGGGUUCUAUUCCUGGGUCAGGAAGAGCCCCUGGAGAAGGAAAUGGCAACCAACUUCAGUAUUCAUGCCUGGAAAAUCCCAUGGACACAAGAGCCUGGCGGCCUACAGUCACUGGAGUUGGACAUGACUGAAGGAUAAGUAGGGGUGGGGAGUUUGAACUGUUUAUCCUGGAGGGCUGAGACAGGAAUGAAGGCUUAGAAUCUGACUUUAGGAGUCCAGGAAAGGUAAGCUAGGGUUUUUGCUGGACUCUGCAUCAGGUUCUCUGGGGCAAGCCUGCUGAGGGAGCAAUGGCCUCAGUCUGGGAUUCUGUGCCCUCAGGGAAAUUAAGUCAGGUGAUUUAAGGCAAUGAGAAAGCAAUGAGUAGAGAUGCAUGACUUGGGGAGACAGGAUGGAGAUGUGCUAGGAAAGGGAAGGGUGAGCUGGAAGAUGGUCUCUCUACCCAGUGCUGGGGACCUGUGGUCCCUUUCCAGCCCCAACAUAAACGGUCUUCCAGGGCCGUGUGCAUGUCCAUCUAAGACGCUGCUCCCCUUUCCCUGCCUUUUCCCACAUGUUCCACGCGUGGUUUUCAGUGGCCUUAGUCCUCCUGAUGGUGCCUGCAGGUUCCUUCUGUGUCAGGGAACGCCGUCCUCCACUGUGUUCGUCCCGAAAAGCGGUGCCCUCGGCCUGCUUCGCCUGUUGCAUUUCUACCGGUUUCCAAAACCUCUCGGCUGCUUUUCCAGCCCCCUGUCUGAGCUCACCGCCUCCUCCUGGGUGUCCCCUGGGACUUUGGUUAUGUCUACCACUGGCUUGGCGUUGUUGCUGUGUGCUGCUUCUGUGUCUGCUGCUUCAGUUAAACUGUGAGCUCCUUGAGAUCAGGGACUGCGUCUGAUUCAUCUCUGUGCCCCCAGUACCUGGCGCAGUGACUGGAAAACGUGGGGUGGUGGGGGAUAAUAAAUAUUGAUUGCAUUCAUUUUCCCAGCCUUUGGUCUGGUGCUCAUGAUUUUCUCAUUCCCUGUCAU